AUGGCACUUCGCAAACAACAAGUCACCAGGCAGAGACGUGAUUCAAUCACAUCAACUAUUUCCUUAUGGGAUAAAUUGCGUGAAGUAAACUCUGUAACCAUUGAUAUUGCCAAUGAAAAUGAUUUUCUUGAUGAAGAUGAUCAUUCGGAAAAUGACACUGAAGACGAAUAUGAAGCUUUAAAUGAUGUUAAUAAUUUACCACGACCUUUACACAAACCUUUUGCAUCAAGCUCAAAUCUUGAAAAUAUGCAUCAAAAUACUGCAUUGUGGGUAUGGAAAGAUUAUGAACAAGUUAAACUUAUUGUACACAAGAUACAUGCCGAAGAUAUUAAAACUGAACUUCAAAGACGUUUAUCAAGACAAGGUAUUCGAUCGAUGACGAAUGAUGAUGAGCAGACUCGUUCAUGGCAUUUUGGUCUAUCAUUCGUACGCUUUCAACUGAAGUGUUCACAUCCGAUCGAUAUAAUCAGACUUACCACGAUCCGAUCUUUUCCUUUUUGGCUCAAAUUCAAAAAUAGCACGCAGCGACAACGACGUAUCAAAUCAAAUUCUGAACGCAUUAAACCGAUUCGAUAUGGAUAUACGCCACCCUAUCGUGUUUCUCUUCGUUAUGGUGCACUUACUAAACUCAAUGAAUUUUGCUAUUCAUCUGAACAUUCAUGGUCAAACCAACCGAAAACUAGAUGGUCACUCUUUAUAAACAAUGAUCGUUUUGGUGGAUUCAUUGAAUGGGUGAUGGAAGAACCUAGAGAACGAAAAAAGAAACAAUUAUUAGCAAUUAAUGUUGAUCAAACCAUCAUCAUUCAUCUGUUACCAGAUGGAUUUGCAAUGUAUAUUUGUCAGACAUGUAACAUGAAUGAAUAUAGUGCAAAAGAUAAACUCAAUAAUGUCGUCAGAAGACAGUAUCGUCCAAAAAAUCCUCCUCAUCGUCCAGGUCCAAUGCGCCCAGCAUUUUCAGAUGAUCGACUGCCGCAAAGAUUUUCUUAUGAAAAAGAUAAACGUUUGAGCAUUCGUAAUGGACCCUAUUUUCCGACUGUUCAAUUUGAAGUUCGUAUCGAUCCAGACCAUUUAACGAACGAAAAGGCUCAAAAUACGGUUCGACAAACGUAUAAAUUGUUGACCAAUUUUUUUACUUCACAUAAUAUCGCCAUUUGUCAUGGAAUGAUUGAUUCACGUCAAGGUUCACAAGUCGAUUCGUUUCCAACUUUAAAAUUACCUACGCUUAUUAUGAAAUAUUCAUGGCAAAUGCUUGUGAAUAUCGGCUAUCGUUUACAAAUUCAAAUGGAUCAACAAUUUUGUGAUGAUAUAUAUCAAUUAAGUAGAGAACCAAGGAAUGCUGAUGAUCUAUUUUAUCGUGUGUGUGUUUAUCUUUCGCGUCUAUUUACACUUGAACCUUUUGUCAAUUUAUCGGAAAAAUUACGUGAUGCUGUAAUAGAAUCAAAACGUAAACGAGAAGAAAGUACUUUUGGUUUGAUCAAUAGUUUGGAUUCACAAACCAACACAGAAACUUAUGUACCAUCAGUUACAUUAACACCGACAACCAUUCGAAUAAAACCACUGAAAUUGUGUCGAACAAAUCGAGUUCUACGAGCGGAACAAGAAUUUGGCAAAGCAUUGGAGCAUUUUGCCCUUGUCGAGAUUCGUGAUGAAAAUGGUCGACGAAUCCAAUCGUUUCAUUUUCGAGAUUUACGCGAUCUUUUUCUUGACUAUUUGCAAAAUGGUUUUACUCUUAUGGAUAAUAAUCGAUAUUAUCGAUACUUACAUCACUCACAAUCACAAUUACGUGCCAAUCAAUUUUGGUUUUAUCAUCAUGAACCAGGCUUAAAUCGAUCAUUUGACAAAGCAUAUGAAUGGAUGGGAAAAUUUGACAAGGAACGAAACAUAGCAAAGUAUGCUUCUCGUAUAGCUCUGUGCUUUUCAACAACCACUCCCACUAUUAAUGUAGAUGAGAGAAAUGUUCGCUACAUCCCCGACAUCAAAACAAAAGAUGGAAAAUUGGCAUUCACAGAUGGAUGUGGUACUAUGUCACAAAAAUUACGAGAUGAUAUUCAGAAACAACUUGGCAAGCGAUCCUUCAGUGCCGUUCAGUUUCGAUAUGCAGGUGCUAAAGGUGUUGUCAGCGUUGAUCCACGACUGGAAUCAGGUCAUCAUCUAUGUAUUCGUGAUAGUAUGAGCAAAUUCGAGAGUGAACAUCGAUGUUUCGAAGUAUGUAAAAUUUCUGCACCUCGAUCGCUUUAUCUUAAUCGACAAGGUAUUCUUCUUCUGUCCUAUCGACGAAUAUCUGAUGCUGUCUUUCUUAUUCUUCAACAACGUAACCAUUUAACUCUUAUUCGAGCUCUAUUAAGAAAUAAUGAUGCCAGAAAUUUACUUGACGAAAAAUUACCCUAUUGGUUUUUACCCUAUGGUGCAAAAAUUGAUUUUGUUCGUGAACCAUUCUUUCGACAACUAUUGAUAGCGGCCUGUCUUACUUCAAUACGAGAAUUACUUCGACGAACACGUAUUCGUGUUCCACGCAACAAAGCUCGAAAUAUGUUUGGUAUUAUAGAUGAGUACAAUGUGUUAAAACCGGAUGAAGUUUUUAUUCAAUACACUCGACUUAAUGAUCAUGAAGAUAAAGACACUAAUAACAAAAGUGAAAAGACAUCAAUUCUUCAUAAUUGUAAGGUUGUUGUCACAAAAAAUCCUUGUUAUCAUCCGGGAGAUAUUCGAACAUUUACUGCUGUCAAUCAUAAAGAAUUAAAACAUCUCAAAGAUGUCAUUGUCUUUUCUCAGCAAGGUGAUUGCCCAGCAUCACAUCAAAUUAGUGGAUCUGAUCUUGACGGUGAUGAAUAUGCAGUGAUAUGGCAUGACGAUCUUGUUCCACUUCAAACUCCCAAUGCCGUACCGUAUAACUAUGAUUCACAGAAAGUACUGCCAAAAUCCGAUGGACCUGUCAAUCGGAACGAUAUAAAUCAUGUUGUCUUGCAAAUAGCUGAGAGUGAUUAUAUAGGACGAUUGUCUAAUUUACAUUUAGCAUAUGCCGAUCGUUAUAGCGUCGACAGUAACGAACGACCGAAGGAAGAUGUUUUAUCGACAAUCGAACUAGCUGGAAAGAUUAGUGAAGAAGUCGAUAGUGGAAAAACUGGACAACAUCCAUUAAAUGACAAUGAGAUCAUGAAACAGAAAAAAGCAUUGGGAGAUGAACGACCCAAUUUCAUGGAAGAUGCCAAUAUGAAAUCGUAUCCAUCGAAAAAAAUACUUGGAAAACUCUAUCAUUCAUCACGUCAAAUGUUACCUGGAUGGAAUCGACUUCUUCGACGACAUCGUCAUUUACGUCAUUUACAAGUUCGAACUCCUGAAGAUGAUGAAGAAGAACAAGAACAAGAAGCAAAUGCUGACGAUAGUCAAAAAAACAUAAUUGCGCUAGAUUCGUCUCUUCUUAAUACAAAUCCAUCCCGGCAAGAUCAGGAAAUAUCAGCAAUCGCCUCUCAAUUAAUUUAUGUCUAUCGGCAAGAAAUGCUUGAAAUUCUAAAUUUAUAUGGACUUUCACAUGAAAGUGAUCUAUGGUGUCGAAAAUCAACGAGUACUACUGUUGGGGAACUUGAAGACACAGCUUAUACUCAACUCGAACAACUCGUUGUACGUGCACGUGAUGCUUUCUUCUUACGCUUAGUAUCUUUCUGUCCGGACAAUAAAAAUACCUGUAAUGGAAAUACAGCUUUCGAAGACUUAUGUCGGGGAUGCCAAAAAAUGCACAAUGCCGUAGCUGCUGCAUUGUAUCAAGAAUGUUAUAGUGGACAAAAUGGAUCGGAACAAGUACCAAUUCUAAGUUUACCAUGGCUAUUUACUACAGCACUUCUACAGAAACGUCAAAGAGAAUUACGAUCAAUGAAAGGUUUGCUUAGUGUGGCAAUGGAAGCUGCAAUCAACGAUUUGGUCACUCAUCAUUUAUUGCAAUUAGGAGGACUGACAGUGGCACUUCGCACAUCGAACCAUCGUCAAGUCGAAGCAAAUGUACAUUGGACUGUUUGUGUCUUUGUCGAAAUACUUCAUUAUUGUCUUAAAUCAAAAUCUUUUACUUCAUGGCCGAUGAUACUUGGUCGAUUCAUUUGUAAAACAGCGCCCGUGCAAGAAUGUAAUGUAACUGAUAAAUGGUCAUUGGUCUUUGGUGAUGGAAAACAGAACGAUUUAUAUGCUGCCAUGCUCAUACAAAUGGAAUGGACUGAGACUGAUGAUGAAUUAAUGCAUUCAUAUUUUGUUCAAUUACUCGAAAUUUGCUUUGAUCUCGGUCAAAGCAUGACCGAUGAUAAUAAUGAGUAUCUUCGAAUGAGCGAAGAAAUCAUUCUUAUACUCCAACGAGUAGCGAUCGAUGGAACUCCAUGGCCGGAAAAUCGCAGAUAA